GGCCUCCUCCGCCGCCUCCCCGGCCCCGCCAUGGCCCAGCAGCAGGUGAGCAGCUCGCAGAAGGCCCUCAUGCUGGAGCUGAAGGGGCUGCAGGAGGAGCCCGUCGAGGGAUUCCGCAUCACCCUCGUCGACGAGGCCGACCUCUACAACUGGGAGGUGGCCAUCUUCGGGCCGCCCAACACCCUCUACGAGGGGGGCUACUUCAAGGCUCAUAUUAAAUUUCCUAUGGACUACCCAUAUUCACCACCUACCUUCAGGUUCCUGACCAAAAUGUGGCAUCCCAACAUUUAUGAGAAUGGAGAUGUAUGUAUUUCAAUCCUUCACCCACCUGUAGAUGACCCUCAAAGUGGAGAGCUGCCAUCUGAACGGUGGAACCCAACCCAGAAUGUCAGGACUAUUCUACUGAGCGUAAUCUCUCUGCUUAACGAACCCAACACCUUCUCUCCGGCGAACGUGGACGCUUCAGUCAUGUUCAGGAAAUGGAGGGACAGCAAAGGGAAAGACAAAGAAUACGCUGAGAUCAUUCGGAAGCAAGUCCAGGCGACCAAGGCCGAGGCCGAAAAGGACGGUGUGAAGGUUCCCACCACGCUGGCGGAGUAUUGCAUCAAAACUAAAGUGCCUUCCAGUGACAACAGCUCAGAUUUGCUUUACGACGACUUGUACGACGACGACAUCGACGACGAAGACGAGGAGGAGGAGGAAGACGCCGAUUGCUACGACGACGACGAUUCCGGCAACGAGGAGUCGUGACCUGCCCCCUCCGGCCCCUGUACUGCUCCACCGCUUUGGCCAGAGGGGAGAGCGGCAGGAACCGAAUGACAGUUCAGCAAAAAAAAAAAAAAAAUUAUAUAUAUAUAUACAUGGGGGGUGGGAUGGGGAAAAAUACCAACCAAACCUGCGUCUCCUUCUUUUCUCCUGUUUUAUGGAUCUCGGUCUUUUCUUUCCCUUCCCUUCCCCCCCCCCCCCCCCGCUCUUUCACAUGUGGACCUUUUAGUGAGAGAGCCCUCCACUUGAACGUCUCAAUUCUGGCAUCUCCCCCUCCCCUCCGUCACUGCGUUCUGGUUUUUCUCCCCCCCCCCCGAAAGAAAAGAUGCUUCGUCCCUCCCGCCCCACCCCCAUUUCCCCUCUCCCCUCCAGGAGCGUUGGCAACCCAACCGGGUUCGCUCUGUGUUUAGCUUCUCGAAUUAAACACAGUCUUGCAUCAA